AUGGCUACGCACAGCGAGGCAACCCACAACGAGAUAUGUGCUGGGGUCCCGGCAGAACUCAAGACUCGUUUUCAGCAGGAAUGGGUCGUCUAUGCAGUACGGGUUCCACUGGCGGAGGUUGCAACGGCCCGUCGUAUGUUAUCCCCGCGGCAUGUGUUGCGACUCGCCCGGAAGCGGAGCGUUGUGGCGCCGUCACCAAACCACACAGCUAGCGACCAGGUGCGCAUCAUUCUGCUCCGAUACCUGGCGGGACAGCAACCUCGAGAACAGUUUUUACCACAAGAGUCCAAUUUUUCGACUGACUUUCAGUCGCGAGAUGUGGCCGCGCUCGUGCACAUGCUCAACGAAGAGCGUUCCGGGACCCGGUCUUCAGAGGCAAACGGUGCAGUGACCCGAGAAUGGAAGGAAUCCAUGUUUACAACUUACCCACUGAAGCUCGAUUAUGACGAUUUCGGACAUGAUGAUGUCCUUCGACAGCUUCUACCGGCCAGUAUACCGGUUCCAAAAGCCUUUGAGGCAACUGGUCAUGUGCUCCACCUGAACCUACGGGACGUACACCAUCCAUAUAAGUAUCUCAUUGGCCAAGUACUCCGAGAGAAGAUACCUGGCAUCCGGGUUGUCGUGAACAAGGCAGCGAAUGUCGGUGGCGUAUUCCGCACGUUCGAAAUGGAAGUCCUCGCAGCAGUACCUGGUUGCUCGCUAGAGACAUGCGUGCGCGAGAAUGGAUGUGUGUUUCACGUCGAUAUGAGCAGAGUGUACUGGAAUUCGCGUCUAGAGACUGAGCAUCGGCGAGUCAUCGAUGCAAUUCGAACGCUCCACGGAUCAACGCAGACUGGACUUGAUGCUGAUCCUCGCGAUGUCUCACGUAUCGACGAAAGGAAACAAAUGAUAUUCGCGGAUGGAAGCGAGCCUCUGCGAGAUUCGUCAAAGCUACCGCUGGUGACGCCACCCGUGGCCGCUGGACCGAAUGCCGUGCCACAUACGGCUGCUUCCAUGAGGCUUUCCUCCGGCCAAAAGCCGGUGCUUGUGGCGGAUGCUUUCGCGGGAAUAGGACCUUUCGCCGUCCCCCUGGCAAAGCAUGGAUUCAUUGUCUACGCCAACGAUAUCAAUCCCGACGCUGUAGAAUAUCUGGACCGAAAUAUUCGCGAAAACCGGAUUCCUCCAGGGCGCUGUACGACGUGCUGCAUGGACGCCCGCGCCUUUUUGAAGAAGCUCCUUCAUUCAGAUCGUUUGCCGAUUCAGCAUAUUAUCAUGAAUCUGCCGGCUGAAGCAAUCCAUUUUCUAGAUGCGCUGGUAGGUAGUAUUGCACCAGCAAAUCCGCUUCCGUAUAUCUACUGCUAUUGCUUCGCGCACGGCGAGAACGCGUACGAAUGGAUCGUCGACCAGAUGAAUGAGGUUUUCGACGCAGCGUUGCAGCGCAAUAGCGGGAAAGCCGCAGAGGAGGUCAAUCCCACAAGGCAUGCAGGCACCGACGCUGCUCCAAUCGAUCGGCAUUCGAAGCGACCUCGGGUGGACUCGUUCCAGUUGGACCCAGACCGCGAUCAACUGCGAGUUCGCUGCGUACGACACGUCGCGCCGGAGAAGUAUAUGUACUGUGUCGAGUUCCGGCUUCCAGAGAGCCUCGCUCGACCUAACGGCAGCGAAAGCGCAUGA